CAGCUAUCUGCACAUGUACGACAUCGUGAAGGUGUGCAAAGGAAAGCUGAAGGAUAAGGAGGUGUGCGAGGCGGUGAAUGACACAGAUUGUGGUGGGCAGAAGGCGAACGGUCACCCCGACGGGUCCCCGGACCUUGUAGGUGUCAAUUAUGUGUCAGCAGAGGCCGAGGCCUGUGUCCGAACAGCUGGAAAAACAAAAGCUGAUGUCAGUAGUUCGGCCGUCCCCGUGUCCCAGAGGUCCCGGGUGUCGGAUGACACGGACCGCGCGCUGGAUUUGUCUUUCAAGCCUCUGUCGAGUCGAGAUGCCUUCCACCCCUCCUACGUCUCGGGACAGCUGGCCCUCGACAGCCAGCAGCAGGGCACCGAGCCACUUGUUAAAGACGAACAUGACUUGCUGUCAGAGCAGGAGGACGGUGAUCCGGUGAGCCCAGAGAGCCAGCGCUUUGGGAAUAGCGCCAGGAGCUCGGUGGUGACAGGGUUCGCUGCCCUUUUCCCCGACAACAAGGCCGCAGCUUCGCUGCUCCCUCCGGACGAUGACCUGAUGGAGGAGGAGAGUGGGCUGCGUGUGCGUUCGGAGCAUCAUCUCAGGGACAGCGAGGGCGAGGAUGAAGACGACCUGGCAUCCUCAGACAUCUCUACAUCCAGCGGGGUUCAUCUCCCGCAGGUCUGCAUGUGUCCGCUCUGCAGCAAGGUCUUCCCGAGCGCACAUGUGCUCCAGCUCCACCUCAGCUCGCACUUCAAGGAGAAAGACGGCAUUCGCUCAAAGCUCUCGCCUGACGGCUCCGUCCCGACCUGCUCGCAGUGCGGCAAGACCUUCUCCUGCAUGUACACGCUCAAGCGGCACGAGCGCACGCACUCCGGCGAAAAGCCGUACACCUGCGGACAGUGCGGGAAGAGCUUCCAGUACUCACACAAUCUGAGCCGGCACGCCGUGGUGCACACGCGAGAGAAACCACACGCGUGUAAGUGGUGCGAGCGGCGCUUCACACAGUCCGGCGAUCUGUACCGACACAUACGCAAGUUCCACUGCGGCCUUGUCAAGACGCUCGCUAUAGGAUGAAGUCGGGGCAAACACGGUGCAAUCAAGGCCUUUUGUAUAAAAACAACAGCAGUUUUUAUGAAGAAUAAUAAUAACAAUAAUAUCCAGUAUUUUGCAGGUGGCAGAAAAUUGGUUCAUUAAUGACUGUAAAACACUAUUGUGUCUCCAGCAAUCAACAGUUUGAUGCACUUGCGUUUUUGACAUCAUAUAUCUGACCCUGCAGCACAGAAGCAGUGUUAAGUCGCUGGGGGAUAUUUGUAGCA